AAAUGCACAAGUGAUUCUCAUCUGUUUUUUGCAGCUUAAAACCUGCCUUGAUAUUUGAAGAGAACUAAAUUAGAUCAUUCAAGUUCUUUCGCAGGAUCAUCUCGACAGUGUACCAUUCUGUGAUGAAUUCCUCUGACCCUGACUAUUAUGCGAUGUUUGAAGAAAUCCACGGUAUUCUAAUGUAUAAAGAUUUUGUCAAAUAUUGGUAUGAUGUGGAAGCAUUCCAGGCAAGACCAGAUGAUAUUGUCAUUGCCACCUAUCCUAAAUCUGGUACAACCUGGGUUAGUGAAAUUGUAUACAUGAUCUAUAAAGAGGGUGAUGUGGAAAAGUGCAAAGAAGAUGCAAUUUUUAACCGAAUACCUUUCCUGGAAUGCAGAAAAGGAGACUUUAUGAAUGGAAUAAAAUUAUUAAAAGAAAUGGAAUCUCCUAGAAUACUAAAGACUCAUCUGCCACCUGAACUUCUUCCAGCCUCAUUUUGGGAAAAGAACUGUAAGAUGAUCUAUCUUUGCCGGAAUGCGAAGGAUGUGGCUGUUUCUUUCUAUUAUUUCUUUCUGAUGGUAGCUGGUCAUCCAGAUCCUGGGUCCUUUCCAGAGUUUGUGGAGAGAUUUAUGCAUGGACAAGUUCCUUACGGUUCCUGGUAUAAACAUGUCAAAUCUUGGUGGGAAAAGACAAAUAAUCCGCAGGUGCUGUUUCUUUUCUAUGAAGACAUGAAAGAGGAUAUCAGAAAAGAGGUAGUGAAACUGAUACAAUUCCUGGAUAGGAAGCCAUCAAAGGAGCUUGUGGACAAGAUUAUACAACAUACUUCAUUCCAGGAGAUGAAGAACAAUCCAUGUACCAAUUAUACAACAUUACCAGAGGAUAUCAUGAACCAUAAAGUGUCACCCUUCAUGAGAAAAGGGAUUACAGGGGACUGGAAGAAUCACUUUACAGUAGCCCUAAAUGAAAGAUUUGAUACACACUAUGAGCAACAAAUGAAGGAAUCUACACUGAAGUUUCGAACGGAGAUCUAAGAAGGACUUUCUUUUCUUAACACAAAAGAUUAAAGAUUUCUUGUCA